AUGUUAACAGGGAAAUGUGCUUCCACGGUAGCGCGUAUGUGUGCUCGACCUCUUGCUACGCAAGCGGUGGAUCCAACAGCAGCAAGCCCGAUAUAUCUUGAUGUGCAGGCUACGUCUCCUAUGGACCCUCGAGUAAUUGAUGCCAUGCUUCCGUAUAUGUUAAAUGAUUACGGUAAUCCACAUUCGAGAACUCAUGCAUAUGGAUGGAAAGCUGAAGAAGCUGUGGAGAAAGCUCGUGCCCAGGUUGCGUCUCUUGUUAAGGAACAUAAGUGUGUGUUAGAUUCUUGUCGGCAAUUGGAAACAGAGGGAUUUAAAGUCACCUAUCUACCUGUUGACCACGGAGGAAGAGUAGACUUGAAGGAGCUUGAACAAGCUAUAACUCCAAAAACAUGUCUUGUAUCAGCUAUGGUAGUCAAUAACGAAAUUGGGGUAAUCCAGCCAAUCAAGGAA